AUGCGCCAGGAGCUCCUUAAGAGCAGUGAGCUCUUAUUUCAUGUUCAACUUUCUUGUGUCUCAGUACAACUUAGUAAAAAGGAUUGUGAGUUACUAAAUAAGCUGCUAGAUCAUGUCAUUGAGGGGAUAUCAAAUGAACAAACAAGCAUUUCUGGAAAUUCCAAGGACCAAUCUGUUCUGAUCAAUGAUAUCUGCAUUCAAACAUCUGUCCUUUUUGAAUGCAGUAUCUUGGAAAUUUGCACUGAAUUGAAUGAAACAGUGGAAGUUGGUCCUUUAUUACAGGCAGAACUAAAAGGAUCCUGGAACUCUCUUAAGUUGAAAGUUUCAAAAUUUUCUCUUUUCUCCUGUUCAAAUGUUGGAGGCCUCAACAAUGCUAGUUUUCUUUGGGUGAAUCAUGCUGAAGGUGAGCUUUGGGGUUCUGUUAGUGCUAAGAAUGAUAAAGACCCUGGAGAAAGUAAAGAUUUUCUUAUAGUGGCUUGCAAGGACUCUGCCUGCAGGCGGGGUGAUGGUGAAAGUACUAAUGUGCUGUCUGUUGGCACUGCUGGCUGUUCUGUGACCCACAUCAGGAACCCAAAGCUAAAAGAGAACUACACUUCUGUUGAUGUUCGUUCUGGUACAAUUGUAGCACCUGGUGGCCGUAUGGAUUGGAUCAAUGCGAUAUGCCUGCUGUUCAGUUCAGGUUCAGAUAGAACUGAAAAGUCAGAUGAUAGUAACACAGUAAAUAGCUAUCAAUCUGGUGAACCUUAUUCGUCAUCUUUAUGUCUUGAGUUGGCUGAUGUUGCUGUUAGCUAUGAACCUCAUUUUAAAAAUUCCACUCUCAGUGCUGGAGCAGCAGACCGCAAGUUUUUCUCAUGCCUUUUAGCUGCAUCAUCAUUUAAACUCCAUAAUAAAUCUGCAUCAGCCUCUGCAGCUACUGAUUUUGAUAUCCAGUUACGUGAUCUUGGGGUCCUCAUUUCUCAAUCAUCUGGCUCAACAAAUGUCACUUGUAGUUAUGGUGUAGAUUACCUUCGUCAGUCAGGUUAUAUUAAGGUUGCCCAGAAUACAUUCGUUGAAGCUUCUCUAAGAUUAGAUUCUUCCUUUUGGAAGCUUGAAAUAUCUGAUUCCCAAUUUGAUAUUGGUACAUGUCAUGACACAAUUUAUGGUCUUAUUGGUUUGGGAUCCCAACUCCAGCAGCUAUAUGGUCCAGAUAUGCAGGAUGCUUUAGAUCAUCUACAGUCUAGGUGGAAUAGUGUUCAGCAGGCAAACAGGCAAAAUAUGGCUGCUGAUGCAUCAGACAAGUCUGAGAGCAGUUUGGAGAUUUCGGCGGAUUCUGGGGAUUACCAGUCAGAUGGAUUGCUUGAUGAUAUUAUUGAGAAUGCUUUUUACACAGAGGACUGCUUGGACAACAAUUUUUGGGAGAGCAAUUGCCAUCACUUAUUUAGUAGCAGUGAGACGGAUGAUGGAUUUGAGCUGAAUGCAGCCGCCACUUCACAUGAAUUUCUUAGAUCUACUCCGAAGGCAAUUUUGAAUCCUGAUAAUCUGAAAGGAAAGGUUCAUAUUCAUGAUAUAGAUGUAAAGUGGCGGAUGUAUGCUGGAGAUGACUGGUUAUUACCUCAGAAAGAUUCAACUAGCUUAACAUGCACAGAUGGAAGAGAUAGGAGCUCUUCACUGGAAUUUACCUUGAGAGGGCUCAGUAUCCAAGUUGACAUGUAUCCAAAUGGGGAUGUUUCUAUAUCUAAGCUAUCCGUAGCUGCUGAGGACUUAACUCUUUGUGAUCAAAGUAUCUAUGCUCCGUGGAAACUGGUUCUUGGAUGUUACAACUCAAAGGAUUACCCAAGAGAGUCUUGCUCCAGUGCAUUCAGGUUAGAACUGGAGACUGUGAGGCCUGAGCCACAGGCACCUUUGGAAGACUACAGGCUCCAUCUCGAGAUUUUGCCUCUACAAUUGCAUCUUGAUCAAGAGCAACUUAACUUCCUAAUCAAUUUCUUCACGAAUGAUUCAUGUAACAAUGAUCCUCAUUUGCAUUGUGAAAAUGAGACUGUUGAUGUGAAGAGCACAAGCAAUGGAAGCAAUACAGUUGUGGAUGAGGCAUUACUUCCUUUCUUUCAGAAAUUUGAUGUAAAGCCGCUUGUUCUGCACAUUAAUUAUAUACCCCGUCAGUUUGACCCGAUUGCACUAGGCAAGGGAAAUUACGCAGAACUUCUCAACAUUCUUCCAUGGAAGGGAAUUGAUUUGAAGCUUAAGCAUGUUUCUGCAAUGGGUGUUUACGGAUGGAACAGCAUAGGUGAUACAGUAGCUGCGGAAUGGUUGGAAGACAUUUCUAAAAAUCAGGGACCAGAAAGUUGGUCUCUUUGCCCAUCAAAAGCUACAAGAAGGAUCGGAAAUUGUUCAAGGGAGUGCAAAGAGGCAUAUGAAAGUUUAACUGAUGGGUUUGGAAGGACUGCCUCUGCUCUCAUUGGCAAUCCUAUUAAAGUUUAUAACCGAGGGGCUGGUGUCGGAUCAGUUCUGGCUACUGCAAUCUGUGGAGCACCAGCUGCUGCAGUAGCUCCAGUCUCGGCAUCUGCUCGUGCUUUACAUUAUGCACUUCUUGGGCUAAGGAACAGCCUUGAUCCUGAGCACAAGAAAGAAUCCAUGUACAAAUACCAGGGACCCUCUCAAGCAUAG